AUGAGUCAUACUUCAACAGUGCCGCAAACGAGGACAGCCAUCUCCCGCAGCCCAUCCAUCCUCUUGACGCCAUCCAAGCGAAGGAAACUAAACGCUGAAAAGCCCAAACAGACAGCUCCUCCAACCGAAAAGGAGGCAGAGCAACCUCAGCCUACCCCAGCUGAUAUACUCCGAUGGACGUUCACGAGAGCGGCGGUUACGUCCUGCUUCGUACGAGACGUGUUCGAGAUGAAACAAAGUGGAAUCAGAGAUAUGGAUUACUUCUGGUUGGGCCGUAUACCUUGUCGAACUGUCCGCCUGCUCGGUCUCGUGGUCGGCGUAGCAGUCUGGGACAAACGCACGGUCUACACCUUGGACGACGGGACAGCGAUUCUUGAUUGCGCAUUGGCACAUGCUCAACUUGUCCCUCCUAGCCCUGUCAAGCCCAAAGCGAAAGCCACAGCACCUGCUUCGGACGCUACCAGUAAGAAGGCGGGACUUUCCUUCUCAGACUAUCUGUUCUCUGCAUGCAAGGUGGCCACAACAGCAUCUUCCUCGAUACAUACUCGCGCGGAACCCCCUCCUCCUCCGGAACCCGUCGCCCGAGUCGGGCAAUCUGUACAAGUCGUAGGACGCGUCGUUUCCAGGCACGACACUCGGAUUCUACUUGUGGAUGAGAUCUCUCGUUGUGCUUCAUAUAACGACGAGCCAAGUCACUGGCUCGCUGUAUCUGAGCUACACCGCACUACCUACUACCCAUCAGAGCCAUCACCACCUUUCAUACCACCUCCGCUUCCUACGCACCCUACAUUUCUUGCGCUCAGCCGGCCUAAUUCACCGUCAAAGCGUGCCACCGUGCAGAAGCCUACGACCCCCGCCUUUGUCCGUUCUAUAGCACCCUCAACGAACACCUCACCCAGCACCUCCGUAGCCUCGUCCUCUCCUACGUCGAGCACGGCUGGAGAUGUGAAGGCAAAUGACACACAGGCACCACGCCUACGACAUCCCUCUCGCUUGCACACGCGUGACCUCACCGCGAACACAUUCCGUAUCUACGUCAAGCAUUACAUGGACAACGCGCCGCCGCCACCUCGAAAGCGCCACCACCCCACAGCGAGGUCCGCCUCGCCGACUCCGCCCCCCCGCGCUACGCGGCGGGUAAGGGACAUGCUAAAUACUCCCACCAAGUCUCGUAGUUGCCGCACCGAUGCCAGCACAGAUAAGACUCCUCGCCCUCGGGGACGUGGCGAGGAUCGCACACCUCGCGCGUCUCGGCGCUCACAUGUUGAGAAUGAUACGGACGCGGAGUGCGACGACGAAGACGACCAGAUGUAUGGCUACACCCUCUCGCACCUCCGCCGCGUCCCCGAGCUCUCACUUCUGGCCCGCCGCGUCAUCGCAGCAGACGCCCACAGACGCGCGAAGGAAGAGCGGAAGAACGCCAAGGCAGCGCCGCCAUCCAUUCCCUCAGACAAGGGGAAAGCCAAGGUCGCAGCACCCCCCAGCUCUUCAUCAGCCUCGGGCGCAAGCAAAGGCCCCACCGCGGCUGCGGUCAAGAAGCUCUUCAAGCAGGCCAUCCGGACGCUCUUCACAGAGGGCGACAUCGUCCUCUGGAGCGGACCCGUGUGCCCGCCGCCCGCCCCCGCCCCUACGCUCGACCCGUUCCUCUCCUCGUACUCAUCCUCCUCGUCUUCUGCCGCCGGGCUCUGGCGAGCGAGCACGAGCACGAGCUCGGCGAUCUCCGCCCACUCGCGCCCGUCGUACGAGGAGUGGGACGACGAUGCCGCAGAGCUGAGCGACCCCCAGCCCGGGGAGGAGGCGUACGUCCCGCUCACCCCCGCGUACUUCUCGCGCGUGCUCGAGGACGCGAUCCGGCGCAUGGCGCAGGAGAAGAUUGCUCGUGCGGGAGUGAGCGAGGCCACCCCCAAGCCCAAGCCGUCGGCGAGCAGGUCGCAGUCGAUCAUCGAGCGGCUGAGGGCGCAGGAACGAGAGAAGGAGUUGGAGGCGCCGCCUGGACCGACGAAGGAGGAGUUGCUGGCAUGGUUGCGAAACACGGACGAACGGUGGGCGCGCGUAGGGGAGUGGACCGUGCAAGAGGCGUUGGAGUGGGGGCGGAGGGAGGGGAGGUUGUGGUGUGUUGGGAAGGGACGGUGGGAGGUAUGUGGGUGA